AUAAUAUGGAAACAUGCAACCUAGACAACAAUAUCACUUGCUAAGAUCUCUAAAAUGGAAAAUCAAAAUAACAACACCGGAAUAACACACGUCCUAGUUAUACCUUACAUAGCACAAGGUCAUGUGAUUCCUUUACUGGAGCUAGCACAGUGUUUGAUCGUGCAUGGAACGAAGGUCACAUUUGUGAACACGGAGGUGAACCACAAACUCGUGACGAAGACAUGGUUGGAAAGGGGCAGUUUUGGUCCUUUGAUGCAUAUGGUCUCAAUCCCAGAUGGGAUGGAACCAUGGGAGGACAGAAAUGACUUUGUUCGGUCAUGUGAAGCCAUGCACCAAGUCAUGCCUGGAAAGCUGGAAGAGCUCAUAGAAACGAUUAACAAAACAGAUGACGAUAAGAUCAGUUGUGUUAUUGCGGAUGCGGGCAUGCCAUGGGCCAUACAUGUUGCCGAGAAGUUGAGAAUUCAACGAGUUAUGUUCUGGUCUGCCCCUGCUGCAGCAUUCUCUGCAUUACUGAGCCUUCAGAAGUUGAUUAAUGAUGGGAUCAUUGACAACGAAGGAGUUCCUUUACAUCAGAACACAUUUCAGCUGUCACCAACCAUGCCAUCCAUGAGAUCUACAGAGUUUGGAUGGACCUGUAUGGGCAGUGUACCGACAAUAAAAGCCCUUUUUCAAUUUGCACUAAUAGCUGUCGAAGCCGCCAAAGCAGCACAGUGGCUACUUUGCAACUCAACAAUCGCACUGGAGUCUGCAACAUUCAACCUGUUUCCCAAUCUGGUGGCAAUCGGUCCUCUUUUGGCAAGUAACCGGCUAGCAAAGCAAGCAGGCCACUUCUGGAACGAAGACAUGACUUGUCUCGAAUGGCUUGAUCAGCAACCAGCGUGCUCAGUCGUGUAUGUGGCGUUUGGUAGCUUCACAAUCUUCAACCAAACUCAGUUUCAAGAACUGGCACUUGGUCUUGAACUUACCAAUAGGCCGUUCUUGUGGGUCGUGCGACCAGGGUUAACCAAGGAGACGUGUGAUAUGUACCCAGAUGGGUAUAUGGACCGAAUAGGCACUCGUGGGAAGAUAGUGAGCUGGGCUCCUCAACAAGCAGUGCUAGCUCAUCCUUCUAUUGCUUGCUUCUUGAGCCACUGUGGCUGGAACUCUACUCUAGAAGGUGUGAGCCGUGGGGUGCCUUUUCUUUGUUGGCCUUAUUUUGCUGAUCAGUUGCUUAACCGGACGUACAUUUGUGACGUCUGGAUGAACGGGCUGGGGUUUGAAAAGGAUGAAAAUGGUGUUAUCGGGAGACAUGAAAUCAUGGGUAAAAUAGAUCAGCUGAUCAACAAUAGAGAGUUCAAAACAAGGGCGCUCGAUCUCAAGGAAAAGGUUGCGGACAGUAUUAGAGAAGAUGGCCCAUCGUGCAAGAACUUUAAACGCUUCGUUAAGUGGACGCAGGAGAAAGAUGGUGAUGGUGAGAACGUUACGAAGAUACAAUUGGGUCUGUAGGAUAAUAGGCCAAAGCUAAUAAACUGUUUGUAUUAUGACCAGUUAAGAAAACCACUUGUUUUGGGUACCAUUACUUUAUAAACAAUGUCCUUUUACAGACCUAA